CAGGUCAUAAACUGGUGGUGUUCAGAUAGGCAAACAACAUUGCAUUGAUGAGUGGAUGAGAUGAUGCAAUGGUUACUGGCAGGUGCUAAAUAUGGCAGAAAGAUAGGGAGUGGAAAGAACAAAGUUGUGAUGGUCAAAUUGUGUGUAACCAGUGACACCAUGAAUAUCACAUUCAAACAUCGAAGAUGUAAGAGGUACGGUGGGUUAAGGAGGGGAUGAACUACCCCAUGGAGGGGGGUGGUUUUGUAGUGGCAGCCUGUAACUAUUGGAGACAUCACUGCCCUGACCUUACAUUUAUGUUAUAGAUCCCAUCGUUCUGGAAGAGAAAAAUGUUUAUUUUUGUUUAUAGUUUAUUUGCGAGUGUUUUCUUUGCUUCAGCUCAUGUAAUAUGUGAAAAUCAAACAUAUGUUUACAAGCAGCCUGGGAACGUCACCAUAGCAGCUUUGAUCGGAAUUCACUAUGGUGAAGGUUGCUCAGUGCUUAGAAAUCAAGGUCUUGAGGCAGUGCAAUCUCUGAUAACCGCUAUAGAAGCUAUAAAGAUUAACAACAUCAUUCCUGGACUAAACAUAGGUUUAACAGUCUACGAUACCUGUUCUCAAGAGGACAUGGCUCAGAAGAAUGUUAUAUCAGCAAUAGUAGAUGCAGAAUGCAGUAAUUCAUUUCUACUGGGAGCAGUAAUGGAAAAAGAAACCCUAAGUCAGGUUAAAAAUAUAUCAAUAAAUGUUGGCCUUUUUACUUUCUUACUGACUACUGGUGUAUCAGAAAGGCUAAUUUCAUCGAUGGUAGUGAGAAUUCUAUACGAGCUACACUGGAUACCAGUCGACAAAGUUUUGUCAGAAAAUGAAAACAUAGCCAACGAAUUUAUAAGGACUGCUUCAAUACAAAAUAUAUGUGUGAAAAAUCAGCACAAACUAAAUGAAAUGAAGAAUAUAGAACCUUCUGAUAUAGCAGUGAUAUUCUCACAAAAUACUAACAUAACAGAAAUAAUAGGUGAUGUAGCAGUCAACAGAUUGCUAAUAGUUCCAUUAGAAGGGAAAUAUCAAACUCAAAUAGAUCCAAGAGAGACAUCUGCAAAGAUUUUGUCAAUAUUUCCAACCACUUCUGAGAAAAUUCCUGCUUUGACAAAUCCGUUUAACAUUACAGAAAAAUCUGACCAGGACAACAUAAUAGAAUUGACAAAAUCUCAAGUAUCAAUUCAACAACUGAUAAUUAUGAGUGACAUAAUGAAGGUGGUAGGGAUUUUAAAAGGAUAUUUAAAAAUUCAUUGUCCAGAAGAAGAUACUUGGAAACUCUGCUCAAAACUUCCAAAGAUAAAAUAUCAAGUACAAAGUAACACUUUACUUGAUAGUAUUGGUUCGCUUAAGAUCAAUAUGAAACUCCUUAGAGUCGAUCAAGAAGAUUUUGAAGCCGCAGUCGUCAUUGAUUUGAAAAAUAAUCAGAAAUUGGGUUCAGUGAGGAUUUCAGAUGAUGACUGGGGUCUGGAUGUAGAAGUGAAUGUGACUGAUGAUAUGAAACUUUGCAAACUAAAACCAUCAAAUGAAACAGUAGGAUAUGACUGUUCAGAGUGUUAUAACUACAAUCUGUUGUAUAAGGAAUAUUUGGCAGAGCAUGGACACUUUUUCAUUGCGAUAGAGAUAAAACAAGAAGCCUGGGUCGCUGCUUUACUAUCUAUCUCGUCUGUGGGGGUUUUGUGCAGCAUUGCCAUAGCAAUAUUCAUAAUUGUACGAAUUUGCAAGAGGGAUAUGCUUGAAGGGAACCCAGGCUUUUCUUUUUUACUUCUAUUUUCAAUCAUGUUUAUGUAUUUAUCAAUUUUACCAUUUUCCUUCCAAGUUAAAAGCAUUCACAAUUAUGAAGGAGUUUUUUGUGGUCUUAAAAUAUUUGGAACCAGCCUCAGUUAUGCUCUUGUGUUUUCAACCAUGCUUGCUCGCAGUGUGAUGUUGGCUUCUUGUGAUGAAGAUGGAGGAUUCAUGAGUCAUGUCAAUGGUUACUUGCAGACAGUUAUGUUUUUCUUUAUAGCAGCAGUCCAGAUCGCAUUGACGGUACAGUUUUGGGCUAUCAAUUGGCUACUAUUAAGUGAACAACAGUGCCAAGAGAUGAGCAGAGGGUCCUUGUUCCUCUUUCUCUUAGGCUAUGACAUGUUACUUCUUCUUUUGUUAUUGAUUAUUUCACCUUUUAUUAUGAGGUCGAAAAGGAACUACCAUGAGGGAGGGUACUUCUCUGUAUCCACGCUGCUUUGCUUGACCGUCUGGCUAGCAUGGUGCUCAGGAUAUGUUUUCUUGCCAGGUUGGGAAGAAGUUUUCAUAUGCAGUGGUCUAGUAGCAACAGCUACUGUUAUUUUAGUUUCAGUUUUUAUACCACGAACAUAUCUCAUGCUAACAGGUAUUGUAAGAGAUCAUAUUGUAAGUACAUUGCCAACUUUGGCCCAUACUGCUUCAACAAGUGUUAUUGAUGUAAAUUACCGCUCAACACAAGCCCUUUAUGACUCAGUAACUAUUCCAAGAGGAAAUGGUAACCCAAAUUACUAUAGUGAUCGCCCAACAACACCUUCCACUUCAAAGAUGGAAGAUGAUGGAAUCCAUGAAAAUGCAUAUGAGAGAUACGAAUCUUCGCCACCUCCUCAUAAUAUAACAAGAUUCUGACAAGAAAUUCUCCUCGAUUAAAAUAUAAAAAGAAUCUAUGUUUGAAGAAUCAUGAAUUUUCAAAAGAUAUCAGUUAAAUAUUGAAUAAGGUAUUCCUUGAACAUAUUUUUAAAUAUUUUUUUUAAUUUUCUUAAAGGGAAAGAAACAUCAUAGAUACAGUUUACAAAAGCCAGGGAAAAAAAAUACUACUAUUACAAUAAACUGUUCUAGAAUAGAAGAAUUUAAUAGAAGUUUGAUUAUUCAAAUUCUGCUGAAAAAAAAAAAAAAAAAAACUGUUCCUAUGUUAUAUAUUAAUUAUUAUUAUCAAUAUUUCUUUGCACGUACAUUUUAAAAUGAAACAGGGAAACACUAUAACACCCAACUAAUACUGUUUUGACCUUAUUUAUUCAACAUUCACAAAUAUGCCAUUAAAACUUGAAAUGAUUUUACAUACUUUAUAAUUGUGCAUUAUAAACUGUUGAAAAGAAAGGAGAAAAAAUUGUAGUUAUAAAAAUAUACAUAUUGAAUAUGUUUUUCUGGAAAAAUAAGGUCUCAUUAAUAUGGUACUUUAUGCUGCAAGAGAAAGUAUGUUUGCUUAAAUUUGAAACCAGCAGUUGCAAUGAUCCCAAACUUGCCAAGUACCUAAUUCUAAUAAAUAGUAGUUUAGAAUGUGAAGGACAAUUAGGCAGGCAAGACAUUUCGCCUAGAUUCAGUGAUGUGAGGAAAAUAUGAACCAUAUUAAAGUACCAAUAUUGAGGAACAAGUGCAGUGAAGACACAGAAUAACUCCAUCAAUUUAACACCUAUAAAAAUAAGAAUAUACUUAAAUGUAGAAUGAAAAACAAUUUUGGUUCCAGUUUUGAGUAGAUUCCAACUUGAUAACAUCAAAGGCAAUUGAUGGGUACAAUUAAAAAAAAAUCAGUUCAUGUUGAUCAAGACCCUGGUAUCUAUAUUAUAUUUAUUUAAUCUAAUAACAAUACUAUAGAUGAUAUCCAGAUUUAGUAUUAUAAAAAAAAAAAACAAUCCCUGAUAGAUAGCUAAAAAAUAAUUGAGAAUAUUGUUCUUGCAUACCUACCUCAAAAAAUCAAAUAAAGUUCAUAAUUUAAUCUGCCUCCUCAACUUAAGAUGUUGGAUAGUCUUUUAUCAAGAAAAGUUGUAUAAAAGACAGAGAACAGAAUGAAUACCAGUAUCCUCUAUAUACAUCUAAUUCCAACAGCAUAGUAAUAAAUUGAAUGUAAAUAUGUAAUAUAAUGUACAUUAUAAUAUGAGAAAAUAUAAAUGAAAGUAAAUAUUAUACAUAUAACUUUAAGCUAUUUUACAUUGAAUGAUCUAGUUUAUGCUUGUUUACUUCAUAAGUGUAUACAAAAAAUAAAAAUAAUAUGUUUUAUUUUAUAAUAUAAUACAAUUACGUUCAUAAUUGUGGAUAGAUAGUAGACUGUAGUGAAUAAUUGAGGAUAGUUGGGGAGAUCAGGCAAAAAAAAAUGUAUGUGUGUGUAUAUAUAUAUGUGGGGCUAGGAUAGCCUUGCGGGCUAAGGCAUUUGCAAUAGGUAAUCGAAAUUAAGCAGCGCCGAGCGUGGCUAGCACUUGGAUGGACGACCGUCUACCAAGGAAAGCCACCCUGCCCGAGAUUCCUUCCCCCUCCACCUCUGGGUAUGUGAGCCGUCAGCCUACUGGAGGCAACUCAUACCGACCGGGCAUAGGUUGAUGACCCUACCCCGUUACUAAAUCGGGAAUUGGGAUGCGGUCUAGGAGACCACACUCGCAGUCAAAAAUCUUCAUGGUCUGUAGCGCCAACCGAAAAAAAAAAUAAAAAAAAAUGUGUAUAUAUAUAUAAUGUUCUAGUCAUAUCUUUUAUAUAUGUAAUUAUUUAUUUUUACUAUUUUUUAUUUUGACUGAUCACCCCAACCAUCCUUCUCUUCUUGUGAGAACAAAGAUAAUACGUAUGUAAUAACAUUUGUAAACAUAAUAUUUGUAAUAAUCAUAUAUUUAACUAAUAAUCCAAAUACUGAUUUAAAUGUAUGUAGUUUUAAUUUUAAAUGUUAAGCAGGAUCGUAAUAUCAGUUAUUAACCAAAACCAUUUUAAAAAAAAAUUUUUCCCAUAAAACUGAUAAGAUUAACAUUUAUAAAAUCAUAUAAUAAAUUUAUGAAAAUUUGUAUUUGUUGUAUAUAUAAAUUAUGGAGUUGUAAAUAUAAAUCAAACUAACAAA